AUGGAAUUGUCUCUUGCGCGCCCAGUUAUGGCUCUAGCCACUUCGGCGGAAGCCUUCGGCCCACGCAUGAACGCGCCAUUGGAAACUUUCCGCUCCGCGUUGAAAGCAGCAGCGGAAAUUGAGAGUGCGUCUCCACGUACUAGGGUAUUAGCUCAGUCUCUGGAAGAUCAUCUGGAUGCAUUGGAUGAGCAAGCCUCCGCCGUGACACAAUCUGAUAUCCUAUACAAUCAACUAUCCCUUUUAUCCAUCGCUGCGGAUGCUCUUGCGUGGGUUUUUGGAGGAAACCCUAGUGAAUGUGUGGACGAUGCCAGGGAAAGAGCCGCCAAAGAGCUCCCCAUUCUCAGACAGAGAAAUCAUCCCAGUCAAACCGCCUUCGCUGAUAGCGUCGAGAACUUUCUUGAUAAGAUCAAGCUGUAUGUCGAAUCCAAUGUACCUGGCCCCCUGGUAUACGCUGAUGGCGCCCCGACAGCUCGCACACCAACUACUUCCCCAACGGCUGCAACGGGUCCCACCGGGGGUCACGUCCGCAGCGCUACGCCGUCCCAGUCAUCCACUGCACCGAUUGACGCGGCUCUCGCAAAUGCCACCAUCACGAGCACACGCACUAUCGAAACAUCUAGUUCCCCAGUUUCAGCAAACGAGGACUCCUAUGGGGGAGAAGACACGUACGCCACCGCAUUCAAAGCAUUGAUUGAUGGGCCCCUUGCAGCGUUUGUCAUCGCUUCCAAUAAUCUGGGCGGCGAGGUCCAGAAACAGGCCGCCGCAUUUACCAAAGCGUGGCAGGAAGAGCACAAGUUUCUGCAAGUGGCCGUUAAGACACCGAAACCGGACGAUAUCCAAAAUUUCCUCGCCCCAAUCGCAACCGCGAUGGGUGAAGUGGCAGCUGUAGUCGAAGAAGUUGAUCCUCGUGGACCUCUUGCGCCCCACUGCAAUGCACUGGGGGAGUCCGUUGCGGCUCUCGGCUGGGUGGCCGUAGACGAGAAGGCAACAUCUUAUGUAGGCGAUAUGGCCGGUGCCGGUCAGUUUUUUAUUGACAAAGUGAAAAUGGGUGCCAAGAAGACUGACAAGCCAAAUGCUCACAGGGAUUGGGCAAAUAGUCUGCAGACUUUGUUUGCGGAGCUGAAGGCCUAUGUCAAGGAAUACCACACCCAGAAGCUAGUUUGGAACCCUCCAAGAGCGGUGAGAGCAGCACUUAACCCUCUCGCCUGCGCCGAGGAUGACAUUGAGGACGCGGGGUCUGACUAUGUGACUGCUUUCCAAGUAAUCAUCGAUGGACCCCUAUCCGCUUUUGUUGAGGCUUCAAACAAAAUAGGGGGCGAGAUUGCGGAGCAAGCAACAGCUUUUGCUGCUGCAUGGAAGGCAGAAGCCGAGUUUCUAGCAAAAGCAUACAAAACACCGAAGCCGGAUGAUUUCCAGGACAUGCUGACUCCUAUUGCCUCAAAAAUGGGUGAGGUAUCCGCUGUGGCAAACAAGGUGGAUCCCCGGGGUUCUCUGGCACAACAUUGCAACGCGGUGGGAGAGUCAGUAGCUGCCCUCGGUUGGGUGGCUGUAGAUGAGAAGGCCACAUCCUACGUUGGUGACAUGGCCGGUGCCGGUCAGUUUUUCAUGGACAAAGUGAAAAUGGGAGCGAAGAAGACUCAGAAUCCAGAUGUGCACCGCGAAUGGGCUAAGGCAUUGGAAACUGUGUUUGUAGAUCUAAAGGCUUACGUUAAGGAGCAUCACACACAAAAGUUGGUAUGGAAUCCGCCUAGGGUCACCGGAUCGUCAAAGAGAGCGCCACCUGCGCAAGGAGAUGAUAGUGCUUCUACUGGCAUUGACUACGUUUCGGCUUUCAAAGCAUUGCUCAGUGGGCCUCUUGCGACUUUCGUCAAACUAUCCGAGGUAAUCGGAGGAGACGUUUCAAAUCAGGCAAAGGCGUUUGCAAGCGCGUGGGAGGCAGAAGCCCAAUUCCUCGAAAAAGCUAUCACAAUGCCUAAGCCAGACGAUAUUCAAGACUUGCUCGCUCCUAUUGCGACGAAAAUGGGGGAGGUUGGUUCCAUUGUCGAAAAAGGGGAUCCCCGCGGCCCGACAGCGCAUCAUUGCAAUGCUGUUGCAGAGUCAGUUGCCGCACUUGGAUGGGUAGCGGUUGAUGAAAAAGCCACAAGCUUCGUGGGAGAUAUGGCGGGGGCUGGCCAAUUCUUCCUUGACAAGGUCAAAAUGGGCGCGAAGGGUUCUGGAAAUCCAGAGGCGCACCGCAAUUGGGCGAAGGCCCUAGAGGUUCUGUUUUCUGAACUGAAAACAUAUGUGAAGGAGUAUCACACCCAAAAGCUAGUAUGGAAUCCCCCAAAGGCGAUCACGCCUAAGACGAAGUCCGCGGUUGUGGAUGAAGUUGGUAAGAGUAAUUCAAGCCCUGAUUAUGUCACAGCUUUCAAAGAGAUAGUAGAAGGUUCUUUAUCGAGAUUUGUAGCGGCCUCAAAGACGAUUGGUUCAGAAGUCUUUGAGCAAGCCGAGCAUUUUGCUGGCGCAUGGAAUGCUGAGUCAGACUUUCUAGAAAAAGCAAUCGCCAUGCCUAAACCUGACGAUAUUCAAGGCAUGCUAGCCCCGAUCGCCUCAAAAAUGGGUCGUGUUGGCGAAGUUGUAGAGAAAACAGACCCCCAUGGGCCAUUGGUACAUCAUUGCAACGCUGUGGCAGAAUCAGUAGCUGCACUUGGAUGGGUUGCGGUAGAUGAAAAGGCGACAAGCUUUGUCGGAGACAUGGCUGGAGCUGGGCAGUUCUUUCUGGACAAGGUGAAGAUGGGAGCGAGGAAAAGUGAGAACCCGGAUGCUCAUCGGGAAUGGGCCUCUUCUCUAGAAAUACUUUUCGCUGACUUGAAAGCUUAUGUGAAGCAGUAUCAUACGCAGAAACUCGAGUGGAACUGCAAGAAACCGUAGGAUACCUACCCGUUUCAAACAAGGUUCCGUGGCAUUCUAAUUGUCGAAUAUGCUACGCUCUCGCUCAAGUGCAUUCUGAUAAGGCUUCCUCUAAGUGCUUCAGCAUGAAACUGCCGAUGCCUGACAAGGUAUAAUGUUGAUACAGAAGUCUCAUACGCCUGGGUCAAAGUUUCCCAGCCCUUACGUAAGAUAAUCGCGACCUGGUCGUGUCUAAUUUGUUGUCGCUUUGUCUUGUCACGAUAAACUUAAUUACUACAAA